ACCAUUCAGAGCCGCACAGCCGAGCUAUGUCUGAGGAGUGAAGCCCAAACGCACACGGCUCGGAGAGAUAUGGAUACAUGGCCGCCGAGCUGGGACUAGAGAUGUAGUUGCAAGGAUGCCAGACAACUGCGUCUCCCGUUUGCUCCUGUUCGUGUGGGUCUGCGCGGUUUGGGAGGCGCUGGCCAAAUCUCUUCCAGAUCAGGGAGCAUUUGAGGUGCAAAUAAAAGUCCAGGUGUUUGACAACAGCGACCUGUCACCAUUGGCGGACGCUCAUGUGGAAGUCCACGGGAAUCAAACCAUCUUAGCGUCCAGCAGAGCCGGCAGCGAUGGUGUCGUGAGAGUCAGCUUCCUGUACCGCGCCGGAACAUGGGUGAUCAUUACAGCCUCCAAACAGGACUACGUCACCAACUCUGUGCCCUGGCACUCCAGCCGCAUCCCCUUGUAUGCAUCAGUUAGCCUGUACCUCCUUGUUCAAAGGCCAGGAACUCUUAUUCUGUACGAUGACGUCCUGCAGGUGCUGUCUGGGUCGCCAGGAGCUCGUAACCAGCCGCUGGUGCAGCUCCAGAGGAAGUCCCUUCAGCUUCCGUCCAACUCCAACUACACGGCGCUGUCUGCUGCAAUGACCACAGCCCGGAGUCAGUAUGAAAUCGGUGGUUUCCCGUUUCUCCUGGGCCAAGAGACCAACAGCUCAGGUGCAGAAACAGGGUGGACAGACUUGACAGCUUUGGCAGUGGUCAGCAUUCAGCUCUUUGACAAAGAUGGCGUUGCAAUCCAGGUCUCAGAUCCGAUCCACAUCUCUGUGCCGCUGCCGUCCGACACCCGGAACAGGAUGGCUACGAGCGUACCUGCUUGGCUGUAUCAGCCUAAGACGGGACUUUGGGUCAGGAACGGGACGGGCUACAUCAAAAAGGACGGCACACAGUUUGUCUGGAACAUCGUGGUUCCUCAGAUGGGAUACUGGUUGGCUGCGUUCCCUUCGUCUUCAGGAUUGGGUUUGUCUCACCCAGGCUUGAGGGACAUCACAACCUACCACACCCUGUUCCUGCUCUCCAUCCUGGGCUCGCUGGCCCUGCUGGUGCUCAUCCUGCUCUGCGUGCUGCUCUACUACUGCAGGUGUGGGGAGCGUAGGCGCAGGCGGAAGUGUUUGAAACCUCGUCGACAGCAAGGCAAACCCCACACAUCCAAUCUGAAUGGAGCGAAGAGAGAUCAGGGUACAUCCACUUCACGCCUGAACCUGAUCUGUGGAGGCCAUGUUGAGUCUGGUCCUUCUAAUGACAAAUCUGACUUGUCCCCAUCUCGAGACUACCAGAGUUCAAGGGAGGACUUAACCAAACAUGUUCCAGCUCACAUGCUGCGACAUGCAAAGGGGAAAAAUGCUUCAGGUCCCCAAAGAGGGGAAAGCUUCCCCAUGAAGGUUACCCGUGCCACCGAGACCAACAACUUGGACAACCCUUUGCUGCAUGAAGACUACAACCGGAGCUACAGCCCCAUGGAGGGCAAAGAGUCUGAAUAUCUCCGACACCACAACGCCAACGACAAUCGAGGGUACUCCUCCGAUCCCCCGUCCCCGCCUCGUUUCCAAGGCUACGUGCCAAGCCAGUCCGACAAACCUCCAGAGUAUUCUGCAGCAGCAGCUGACAGCCUUGCCAGGCCCACCUCCCUGAACACCCAACCAGGUCAAAUCAUCUUCUGCAGCUCCAUCGACCAGAUGAAGGAGAACAUGUACAGGAGUAUGGUGCCAACCCUGGUCAUUCCAGCUCACUACAUGCGCCUGCCCUCUGAAUUUUCUGGUAAAGAUGGAAAGGACCAGAAGGAGCAAGACAAAGAUGGUGCCCAGAUGGGAGGAGGCCAGCAGCAUCAUCAUCACCACUCCCAGAAACAAGGCCAACAGCAGCAACAGCAGCAGCAAGGUGGAUCCCAAGGUGACGACUCUGAAGAGCCAAGCUGGGCGUCCGACUCCUCCGGUGGACCUGUGACCAUCCCUGUGCUCUUCAAUGACUCUACCAUGGCUCAGAUGAAUGGAGAAUUGCAGGCUCUGACCGAGAAGAAGCUUCUGGAGCUGGGUGUUAAACAGCACCCACGGGCGUGGUUCAUCUCCCUGGAUGGACGAGCUAACGCUCACGUGCGCCACUCCUACAUAGACGUUGGAAAUGAUCUCAGUGGUGGUGGUGGUGGAUUUGGAGGUGGUUCCAGCAGCACUCCCCGAGACAUCAACCUUGAACCUCCUCUGGAAGCCCAAGAACGAAAGUCAGCAGUGAACCGGAAGGGAAAAGAUGAGCGCUGGGGAACAGGAGGACGAAAGGGCCAUGGUGCUAGCAGCAGUGGUGGGAAGAGUUACUCUAAACUGGCCUACCCUGACCACAGCGAGCCCAGCAGCAGCGAGGGACGCCCUGUCUCACCCGAGGAGAACUCCCUCACCCCUCUCCUGGAUGAAGGUCCAUCCUCUCGUGGUUCCACCAUCCCCAGAAGAGGACGCAGUCGUGUGAACAGCAGCCGCAGCAGCAACAGCGAGAACCGCCGUGACUCCAUGACCAGUCCUGAGGAUGAUCCAGAUGACAAAGACGAGAACAAGAAGAGCCCAUGGCAGAAGAUUGAAGACAGGCCUCUCAUGGUCUUCCACCCAAGGAAGUGAGCUUUUUGAACUUUCUGAACACUGGACCUUUAACAAUCCUUUCAAAGGGGAAUCUUUUCACAUCAAUCAUGGAAGAAGAGUGAUGUUUUCACCGAGAGAAAUCUCAAUAAGCACAACCAUGCUUCUUCAUUGGUCCAUUUUCAGGUUGUUGUUUGACCUUUGUGUCUCUGGUCAGGUGCAAGCACUUUCUCAUUACUCUCGUAGUCUCACUGUCAGUUAAUCCCACUGGUUUCCACUGAGAUGACCUAUUGCAGACUGAAAUCUACCCAGUUUAUUGUAAAUCCUGUCACCUAUCACAUCACUGAACCAUCGUCUGAGCCAUUGCAUAUACUGACUGUGGAAAUAGCCAUUUUAUAGAGCAAAAUAUAAGAAUAAAGCACUUACUAAUAAUUUGAGAAUUGAUUGGUUGAUACUUACCAAGUAUUUAGAAGUGGAUGACAUUUUUAUGGGAUUGAUGGGUAUUUAGGCAAAUUAGAUUUCCUUCCCUGAACUUACUCUACACAAAGGCUCGUAUUGAUGGGAGAAUUUGUGCGCCUUUCUUUGCUUGACUGCUUUUCCGUCCUAAACUGUAACUCGGAUAAGUUUUCUUUAGAGGAAACAGCUCCCCAAAGCCUGAAUAUGUAGGAAACCUAUCAAUUGUAUUGAUUUUUUCUUUCUUGAGCCCCUGUGAAUGGAUAAUGCAAACUACAAAGUCCAGCGUGCGACUUGCAUUUUGCUCCUUCAGGGAUGUACUUGAUUUCCUCUUCCUCCUGUACUGUGUUCAUGUGUUGUAAUUACUUAUUCAGAUAGUAAUGAUUUGAAAUGUUGAGCAUCAUCUUCAAGUCUCUCUGUCAUCCUUCCUGUCAUCGAUUUAUCGCAGUGAUCUACUGUACAAUUCUGCCAAAAGUAAGCAUUUCUGCCUUUCUCCUGUUGUUGAGGUUUUUUCGGGACUUCUUUGCGAUUUCUGUUGUGUAAAUAGAUUUCCAGACAUUUGAAAGACCAUUUGGUAUAGAAAGGUUGCAUGCAUAUGAAUGUAUGGAAUAAACAAAAGGCACCAAAAGCCCCCCACAGUUUUUUGGGCUCUUGCGUAGACAACCCCUAAUCGCCAAGAAACGUGGUCUAAAAGAGAAGUGGCGCAGCAAAAACAUCACUUUACUUGAAGACUUACCUAUUUAAUAUUCUACUGAGAUCUACAGGGGUUGUUUGUAGACAGGGCCUGUACCACUUCUCUCCUGUAAGUGCCUUCUUUCACAUAGAAUCGAGUGAUAGGCAUACAGGUCCCUUAUUCAAAUGCAGUUAGUCGCCACCUAAACAACGCUGUCGAGAUCGGCAAGCACUAAUAAGCACACUGCAUUGUGGUAACAACAACACGCGUCACUCUGGGGAGCAUGCCUGCCAAAACUGACAACUUUUCUUGCGGCUGUUAUGUCCUUGAAUAUCUUAAUUUCUUAUAUCUAUCCUCUUUUUCACCAAACUUGUAAAUGGUAUGAUGAAGUAUAUGAGAUUUUAUGUGUAUACAGUAUGAUGUGCAUGUAACAUGUAGAAUAGGGUGUUUUUAACAAAACCUUUUUUGAAACGAUAACGAGGACGUUUGGCACAAAAUGUGAUGCACUGACGCAUUGAAUUGUGUUGGCAAAAGAACUUGGUUAUAUGAUGAUACACUGAUUUUUUCCCCCCUUAAUCCAGUUCUAACAAAAUUCACUUCCGGUCGUAAAUGUUUACAACAAUAACAUACUGACCAACACGCUCCCGCUGUUAUUAGCAUCACCACUGCCGACGACGCAUCAACAACUGUGAACUUAAUUACAUCAUCAAGCAGAUUUGUAAAAGCUCACAAGUUUGGAAAACUUGAAGAGGUUUGUGUUUUGUUCUUUUUUUUGUGUUUUCUUUUAGUUUUGUUGCAGAGUAAUAGAUUGAUUACGAAGUGAAAAUCUUGAAGGCUGUAUAAAAGUCAUGCUGACUUGUUGCUCCUUUUCACCAUUCGCUUGCUGUUCAUAAGCCUGUGUCAGUAGCCUACAGUACAAACUGAAAAUGUGAUGUAAGUCUAAGUCUGAAGAAAAACACAGCCAUGAAGCGAUUCCUACUGAAAUGUUGUGUCCACUGCUGUAAAUGUAAGGUUUUUUUGGACAAGAUAUGGAAUUACUAUGAGUUGUGCAAUUGUGGCUUUCCUUGUUUUUGUUUUACAUGAGAGAUCUGUGUGUUUCUCGGUAGAUUUUGUGAACUUGUGUUUGGACAGUUUCAGAGAGUAUUCAGUCACAGCUGAUUUACACAAGAACUGAACGCCCAAGACACGCAUUAAACCUGGUGAACAUGCUUCGUUGGAUUUUUGAGAGUACCACACUUAAGAAGGUCAGGAGGACUGAACUGUAGGCCUUCAUCCUGUGCAGUAAAUCACUUGCUUCAUAAACCUGGUCAGUUGUUUGUAAACUGUAAAUUGAUUCUUUCUGUACAUGAGACAAAAUAGAAAUAAAUUUGUUCCC